GUCCGCACGCGUCCCGUUAUAAUGAUGAGCAAAAAGAUAUCUGGAUCGGGGUUGUUGAACGCUGCUGCGGGGAUCGACCGUGGACGGGUUGGGGAGAGGUUACGUGCGGCGUUGGCUGGACUGGAGGAGUUGCACUUCCUCAAGGAGAAACAGCGCAAUAUGGUGUUCUGGGCUCUGCGAAUGGACCGAGAGGAAACUCUGUCUUCUAACGACCCAAGCGCGGAGAGUCCAGAAGUUGAGACGGAAGAGCAGCGACUGGAGGCGACCCUGACAGCCCUGAAACAGCAGCUGUCGCGUCUGCGCAGACAGGACGUGGGGCUGAAGACACACCUGCAGGAGCUGGACCAGCAGAUCAGCGAGCUGAAGCUGGACGCGUGCAAGGUCUCCUCCGAGCACCUGGAGGCCGACAGCAGGCCCAGCUCCGGCUUCUACGACCUGAGCGACGGCGGAUCGGGGUCGCUGUCCAACUCCUGCACCUCCGUGUACAGCGAGUGCCUGUCCUCCUCCCAAACCAGCCUGCUGCUCUGCGCGCCCUGCCUGCCCGGCCCCGGCCCCGGCCCCGGCCCCUACCCGCCCCGGGCCCCGGGGCCCCCCGAGGCCUCCCGCCGGCGCUCGGCCGACGAGAGCUCCGCCCAGGGGGAGGGCGUGCGCACGGGGGGCGUGCGCCUGGGCAGCGCCUGGAUCCGCGCCGGGGCCUCCGGGGCCGACCGCGCCCGGCAGAGACCCGUCUCCACAGGAGACCUGGAGAGGAUGAUGAACGGCACGAGGACUUCCCCUGGCCACAGUCAGAGAGGCCCCACCGUCGACCCCAAAUACCACAGUAACCUGGUGUCCCGGAGCGGUGCGGAGGUGUACCGGUACCCCAGUCCCCUCCACGCCGUCGCCCUCCAGAGCCCCAUCUUCUCUCUGAGUGUGGACGGGGCCCCGGCCGCCGCCCAAACCCCGGGAGGGGCCCCAGGGGCCGGAGAGUCCCCGCAGACGACGGGCGACGGGUCGGAGAACAGGCCGGGCGUCUACAUCAACAAGCUCCUGCAGCGAAGCGUCAGCAGGACCAGCCUCCUGGGCGACGGGGGGAGAGACAGGGCCCAGCCCCCCGCCCGGACUCACACGGAAGUCCCUGCUGCGAUCACCGGGGUCCCAGGACUCACUGGCGGCCCAGCACUUAGGCCUCAAGACCCGAGCCUACACCAACGGCAGGUGGAGAUGGGGAGAGAGCUCCCCCCUGAGUCCGGGAGGACCCCAGCGGCCUUCCGCUGCGGGCAGGACCCGGUGAACCGCGUUGGCCCCGCCUCCGUCCCAAAUCACCCCCAGGAAGGGCCCUGCCCCUGCCGCUGCUACCCAGCGGCCCCCAGUGAACCGAAGCCCCGGGACGCCGUCCUGACCUCUGACCCCAGCGGCUGUGUGCAGGCGGAGGAGCGGAAGAGCAGCCGUGCGGAUCUCAGCAGCCGGGAGCAGCCUCGGGGAGCGGCGCUGACCCGGAAGCCGUCGGAUAAAAGGCCCCGCAUCGCCCGCAGCGCCAGCAAGGAGGAGGGCAGGGGUCAGGACAGGCCGCCCGCGGGCGGGGCCCAGCCCGAGUUCGUGCACGCCCAGUUCGUCCCGGCCGGGGCGCAGCGGGUGAGGGUGAAGCAGGCGGACCGGAAGACGAAGGCCGUGCGGCUGAGGAAGAGGAGCAGCGAGAAGCCGCGGCCGUCGACGCAGCAUCUGGCGCACGUCGAGGUGGGGAGGGACCCCGGGGACCGAGGCCCGAGGCACCCGGGGCCGGCCAGGGCUUCCCGAAAACUCGCCCACAGCCGGGGCGAGGGCAGCGGCCGGUCCUGCUCCGAGACCAGCCUGUGUGGCCCCGCCUUCCCCCGCCACCACCCCUCCCAGCCGGACCCGGCGCUCCGGUCCGGGAAGGCCCACCGGCCGCACGCCCAGGAGGUCUCGCUGGCCGAGCUGGCCAGGAGGAAGCAGGUGACCCGGAAGUGGUCCGUGGCGGAGGUGGCGUGUCAGCGGGCGCAGGAAGUGUCGACCCAGGCGGCCAUGCGCCGGUCAGGAGCCGUCCCGCGCAGCGUGAGCGUCCGGCCCACGUCGGGGCAGUGGGUGGGGCACCCCUACCCGGCCUCCUCCUCCUCGUACCUCGCCGGCUUCGGGUCCCGGUACCCGGCGGCCCCGUUCCCGGCCGGCCGGUCCCGCCGGCCCCCGCCGAGCGAGUCGGAGUACUCGGCCGACUGCGCCUCGCUCUUCCACUCCACCAUCGCCGAGAGCAGCGAGGGGGAGCUCAGCGACUUCACCGCCAACCGCUUCGGCGACAGCGAGUCCAGCGACUCCCGCUCCGACUCCGACAGCAGCCUGUCCCCGGGCGAGGAGGAGGAGGAGGAGGAGGAGGAGGGAGGCGGGGAGGAGGGAGGGGGCCUGGUGUGGGCCGAGGCCGCGCUGGGGCCCACGGCCGCCGGGGUGACCCUCCACCCCUCCCGCAGCGAGCCCCCGGCCUGCCGGAUCAAGGCCUCCCGAGCACUAAAGAAGAAGAUCCGCCAUUUUGAGCCGGCCGCUCUGAAAGUGAUGACUCUGGUGUAA